UUUUUGUUUGUGGAAAUAAACGUUUUUAGUGGGGCGAAGUAAUUUUUGAUCCAAGGUUAAAAUUAGCUAACAACAUACCCAAAGCUGGUAGAUUUGAGUAGUCAUAUUUCGAACCAGUAUUUGAUUUGCAUCUGUGGAGUGCUCGUUUAUUGUGCGUCUUUUUCAUAAUAUUAAAUACUCGUAUUGGCAUAUUGCAUGUUAAAGCUUUUCAUCUGUAAUAUUGUAUAUUACAGUUCCAUCCGUUACUAGAUAAUUUACUAACGUGCGUAAUAAAUUCUUUUAUAACAUAAUGAAAAUUCAGUUUAAUCUCACGAUUUUGUCUUUUGUUACUAUCGUUUUUGUCGUUUCUACAACGAACGCAAAGAAUGUCUCACAAAAUCUUGCCGCCAAUAAUCAGUCGAGGACGGACAAACCCAGUGUGAAACAGUCAUCUGAUAUACAUUUACCCGUAUUCCAUAUUGAAUUUGAAGAAAAUUCCACAAUCGACGACAUUACGAAUACCACUUUGGUUAUGCCUCUAUCGAGCACCACUACGGUCUCGUCUUCUGCGAAUAUUACUACGGAAACGUCUACGUCCAGUAACAUCAUUGCGUCAACGUUUGUUGAGGAAACAGUCAACAACGACACCAUCUACACGACUACCGAGGGAAUUGUGAAAAACAUUACUACCUAUACAACGUCUAGUGAGGAAACAGAGACUACAACAACCAGUGUAGAAACAGUAACUGCAGACGUGACAUCCACAACUAUAAAAACCACAAGACGUUGGUAUUAUCAUGGGGGUCACCAUAUUAUAAGACAUAGAGUGACUACUAAAGCUCCUAUUUGUUCAGAUGGAUAUACUGUAAAUACAAACGGAGGAUGUUCACCAAUAUUUAAAGAUUGAUCUAACCUCUAAUGAGCCUUAAGUUUAGAAUGGGAUUUAUUAUUAUUUUAUAUAUAGUAUAUUAUAUGUUCUAUAUCUUAUCUAUAACAAGUAAUAUGUACCUAUAUAUUAUUUGAAACUAUAAAAAAAUCAAUUUAAUUUGUAAUCUUGAUAAUUUUUUUAAUUGGGCGGGAAGAAGAAAUAGGGAUUAAAUAUUUCACUAUCUAUUUAAAUGAACUGACACAUAUUUUUGACUCUUAAUAA